AUGCCGGGCGCGUGCCGGGCGCGCACCUCACACCAGACGCGCGCCGGGCGUGCCUCCAACAACACAGAGGCGCGCGCCCCGCGCGCGCCUGACAGCGCCCCGGGAACGCGCCUCACACAACACAGACGCGCGCGCCCAGCACGCGCGCACAAAGGCGUGCAAAGGCGCGCAGAGGCGCGCAGAGGCGCGCAGAGGCGCGCAGAGGCGCGCAAAGGCGAGCAGAGGCGCGCAGAGGCGCGCAGAGGCGCGCAGAGGCGCGCAAAGGCGCGCAAAAGCGCACAAAGGCGAGCAGAGGCGCGCAGAGGCGCGCAGAGGCGCGCAGAGGCGCGCAAAGGCGAGCAGAGGCGCGCAGAGGCGCGCAGAGGCGCGCAGAGGCGCGCAAAGGCGCACAAAGGCGCACAAAGGCGAGCAGAGGCGCGCAGAGGCACGCAGAGGCGCUCAAAGGCGCCCAAAGGCGCACAAAGGCGAGCAGAGGCGCGCAGAGGCGCGCGGAGGCACGCAGAGGCGCGCAAAGGCGCGCAAAGGCGCGCAAAGGCGCGCAAAGGCGAGCAAAGGCGCGCAGAGGCGCGCAGAGGCGCGCAGAGGCGCACAAAGGCGCGCAGAGGCGCGCAGAGGCGCGCAAAGGCGCGCAAAGGCGCACAAAGGCGAGCAGAGGCGCGCAGAGCGCGCAGAGAGGCGCGCAGAAUCACGCAGAGGCGCACAGAGGCGCGCAAAGGCGCGCAGAGGCGCAAGGAGGUUAAGGCGCGCAAAGGCGAGCAGAGGCGCGCAAAGGCACGCACAAAAGCGCGCAAAGGCGCACAAAGGCGUGCAAAGGCGCGCAGAGGCGCGCAGAGGCGCGCAGAGGCGCGCAGAGGCGCGCAAAGGCGCACAAAGGCGAGCAGAGGCGAGCAGAGGCGCGCAGAGGCGCGCAGAGGCGCGCAAAGGCGCACAAAGGCGAGCAGAGGCGCGCAGAGGCGCGCAGAGGCGCGCAGAGGCGUGCAAAGGCGCGCAAAGGCGCACAAAGGCGCGCAAAGGCGAGCAGAGGCGCGCAGAGGCACGCAGAGGCGCUCAAAGCGCCCAAAGGCGCACAAAGGCGAGCAGAGGCGCGCAGAGGCGCGCGGAGGCGCGCAGAGGCGCGCAAAGGCGCGCAAAGGCGCGCAAAGGCGCGCAAAGGCGCGCAGAGGCGCGCAGAGGCGCGCAAAGGCGCACAAAGGCGAGCAGAGGCGCGCAGAGGCGCGCAGAGGCGCGCAGAGGCGCGCAAAGGCGCGCAAAGGCGCACAAAGGCGAGCAGAGGCGCGCAGAGGCGCGCAGAGGCGCGCAGAGAUGCGCAAAGGCGCGCAGAAGCGCGCAAAGGCUUGA